CAAUGGAUCUCCAUAUCUAGGGUUCCCUUAUUCGUCAUGUGGGUGUAUUCGGUUCGCCAAUCAGAAUUGAAGGGCAAAAGUUCCACUAGAUUUUCCGCUAGGCGGUGUUAAAUAUGAGUUCAGGUAGAAGCAGAAGCCCUCCACGAGCCAAGAGGUUUCGGAGUAGUGAACGCUCAUCUUACCGUGAUGCACCUUAUCAGAGGGAUCACCGCAGGCAAGAUUAUUUGUGCAAUAAAUGCAAACGACCUGGGCAUUUUGCCAGAGAUUGCCCAAAUGUCACUGUAUGCAACAACUGCGGACUUCCCGGCCACAUUGCUGCCGAGUGUACAUCAACCACCAUGUGUUGGAACUGCAAAGGGCCUGGACACCUUGCAAGCGAAUGCAACAAUGAUCCAGUUUGCCAUAUGUGUGGUAAGAUGGGUCACCUGGCUCGUGAUUGUUUUAAUCCAAGUUUACACUCUUACGAUGCAAGACUCUGCAACAACUGCUACAAGCCAGGCCACAUUGCUGCAUACUGCACCAAUGAAAAGGCUUGCAAUAACUGCCGUAAAACUGGUCACCUUGCUCGUGAUUGCGCCAAUUCUCCUGUGUGCAACAUAUGCAACAUGUCAGGUCACAUGGCCCGUCAAUGCCACAAGUCGGGCCUGCCACCACCAGAAAUAGUUGGAGGUCCUUUUCGUGACAUGGUUUGCCGAAAUUGUGGUCAUCCAGGCCAUAGCAGCCGUGACUGUGUAUCCAUUGUCAUCUGCAACAACUGUGGUGGCCGGGGCCACCAAGCCUACGAGUGCCCUUCUGUCCAGAUGUAUGACCAUGGCUUUCGUAGGUAUUGACCAGCUGAUUGGUAGGUUUAUUGAUGAAAUCACUUAAUUCAAAUACAUUUUUCUACUAUGGAAUCAUUUAUUCAAAAGCUAGUUGUGGUGUUCUCGUUGAAUUGGGAAUUAUUGGAGGCUUGUAGAGGCACUCUUCUGCUGCCUGUGGUGUGUUAUCCCCUUGUUUUGGAUCUUUUACCCCAACCCCAUACAAUUCUAUUGAUCAGAUUAGAGUGGAAACUUGGCC